AUGCCCGUGGAAGUCACUAAUCAGCGCAAGCGAUCCUCCCUUGAUGCCACUGAUGCGACAGUAUCCUCUGGAGGAGAUCACCGAAAGCGUCGCCGCAAUCGAACGAUGCAGUCAUGCAUUAACUGUCACACCUCUAAGCGCAUGUGCGACCGAAAGCGCCCCUGUGGCCGCUGUACGCAACUUGGGCUCUCUGGUCUCUGUGUGUUCGAAGUUGAUGAUCCAAACCAUGGGAAGGGUCCUGAUGCGGAGCUGGCCCGUCUUCAGAGUCGUAUCACUGAGUUAGAGGGUAUCAUUCGGGAUGUAAGGAGGACACUCAAUUAG